ACAAGUUUUGUUUAUUUCGUUUAAGUUUUAGGUUAUAAACGAAAUUGUACCUCUUAUCUUAAAAAAUAUUUUAACAUGGAAAACGGUGAUACACCUCAAAUUAUAACUCAUAUAGAGCAUAACCUUAAUCAUUGUUUAUUUGAUUGUAAAUGGAUUCCAUGUUCUGCUAAAUUCGUUGUAAUCGGCUCGUUGCCAAAAGGAAGUGGUACUUUAGAAAUUUUCGAAAUAAACUCCGGUGAACUAAGAAAAAUAAAGGAAAUCGAAAGACCUAAUUCUUUCAAGUGUGGUACGUUUGGCGCCAGUAGUGACAUUGAGAGAAAGCUUGCGACUGGUGAUUUCAAAGGGGCUUUAGAAAUAUGGGAUUUAGAAAAAAGUGGUCAAGUAUAUAUAACAAAGGAACACACAGAUAUUAUAAAUUCCAUUGAUGGCAUGGGAGGAAAUACUCUCAAUUGUGGAGCACCAGAGAUAGUCACAGGAAGCAGAGAUGGUACCGUUAAAGUUUGGGAUCCUAGACAAAGAGGUAAACCUGUAGCGAAUAUGCAACCGGUCCAAGGAGAGACAAGACGCGAUUGUUGGGCUGUUGCUUUUGGUAAUUCUUUUAAUGACGCCGAGAGAAUAGUCAUUGCUGGCUACGAUAACGGCGAUCUCAAGAUGUUUGAUCUUCGAACAAUGUCUUUAAGAUGGGAAUGUAAUUUGAAGAAUGGUGUAUGCUACACUGAAUUUGAUCGCAAAGACAUACCAAUGAAUAAACUUGUUGCAACAACAUUAGAAGGCAAGUUCCAUGUAUUCGAUUUGAGAACUCAGAACCCUUCAAAAGGAUUCGCUCAGGUGUUAGAUAAUUCAUCAAAAAGUGGUACAAUUUGGGUGGCACGUCAUGUUCCCCAGAAUCGAGAUUUGUUUUUAACAUGUGCAGGGAAUGGACAAGUUUCUCUAUGGAAAUAUGAAUACCCGGAACAGAGAUACCAUGUGGACUCGCAAGGCGUUGCAGUUGGAGUCCCGGGCAAGCUGAGAAGGUUACAGCGGAUGGUAAUCAGCUCGCAGCCGAUCAACUCACUCGAGUGGAACAGAGACCAUCUGGGUCUUGCUGUGGCCACCGCUUACGACCAAUAUGUUAGAGUUCUCGUUACAACCAAACUUAAUUUACAGUAGUGUUGCAUAUCGAAAGUCCACUAUCGAUAUACUAUCGAUAGACUAUCGAUAGUUAAGGUGUUAGCGAUAGUAUCGAUAUCUCCCCAUGAGCAAUACUAUUGAUAGUAUUGCAAAAACCAUUACUUUUAACCUAAACUAUCGAUACUAUAGUACUAUCGAUAUCCUGAAUAGUUUUCGAGGUCAACUGUCGAUAGUUUUGCAACGCUGAUUUACAGUGACUUUAAUUUGACAUAACUGAUGUCAUAGAUUUUAAAUUAAGUCAAUAGUGAGUGAUAUUACUUUAUGGCAAUUCUAGGUUAAACUAGACAUUUAUAAUUACUUAAAAGAAAGUAGUUUCAAUAGUUUGUUCAUUUUCUAUAUUAUUAUAAUGGGUGUAUAUUUUUAAGGAUGGAUUUAUGAAUUUGCACUUGGUUAUACCAAAUUAGGUCGACAUAUAUUGAUAAUUUAUGCCUUUCUAUGAUCUCUUUGCUUUUUUUAUAACCGUAGAAGUAGCGAAGGAUUAGAAUUAUUCAGUUACGUUGAAUGUUAUUGCAUUAGUUGAAAAAACUAUUUUUAUUUUAUAAAUAAAAGACCAAGUCA